UGCAGAGCAUAUAUCUAGCCUGUAUAGGCAAGCUUGCAUUCGAGCUUGCAGAGCAUACUCUUUGCAUGUAUACUAUAAGUGUACAUACUCAGCUUGUAUGCAAGCUUGCAUUCUAGCUUACAGCAUUAUACUCUUGCCUGUACAAGCUUGCAGAGCUUGUGUAUAUACAAGCUUGCAGAGCUUAAAGGGGCACAAUCUCAAGCUCUUAAUUGUUAGUUGGAUAAUCUUCAAACCACUUGUUUUGCUGGAAUGGCAGAUGAUGGGAGCAGUGAUGUCACAAAUCAAGUCUCACUGUGGGAGAAGAUAAUCAAAAUGGCUGAAAUCAAAAUAGAGCUGGAAGAGGAACAGGAUGUUGACCUGUUAACAAGAGAAUUACGUCAUCUGGAAGAACGUACUCUUGCCCCACCAGCCCUUCCCACUCUUGCCCUGCCCACUCUUGCCCUGCCCGCUCUUGCCUUGCCCGCUCUUGCCCUGCCAAUUCUCGCCCUGACAGCUCCUGCGGAGGCAAGUGCAGAGGCACAAAAUGAACUCUGGAGGCAAACGUUUGCUGAAUCAGCAUCUUCUACACACAGAGAAGAAAUCAAUAGCCUGAAAAGGAGGGUUGCAGCUUUGGAGGAGGAGGUUGCCGAAAAGGACAAGAUAAUUGCAGCUAUAAAACAGGCCAAGCAGGGAACCCUCUUCACUGAAGAUAUCACCCCAAAGAAAAGGAGACUGAUAAGAGCAAUCAGUGAUUUGGUCUGUGGCCAAUCUGUGAGCAGCACAACUUGCUCACCGACGCACCUUGAAAACGAGGACCCCCAGCCUUUGGGUACACAGAGUACGGCCUCAUCGUCAUCUACUGAACUGGUGCCAUUAUUCCCCGGAGGAGAACCGAUCCUGACGGAAAUUGAAAAAAGAAACGUGUUUAAGAAGGGCACAACAAAGGAGGCCCUCCUAAACGCCCUUCUAGAUGCUGUCUUUGGGUUAAAGACUCUGGCACUUGGGAACGCUUGCGGGUCAAGAGUUGCUGUGAACAAGGCAGAGGAGGGAGGUCAUGAGAAGCUCGACCCGCAAAAGCUAAACCAAAUAAAAGAAUGUGUCUUGCAAAGGUUUAAAACCCAGGACGACCAAAAAUGUUUCUCUCCCAAGGAUUUCAACCGAAAAAUAAAUCAGAAAUGUGGCACGGCCCGCAGAUCCCUAAAAACCAAACAAAAUGUUGAUACCUGAAGAUGAAGUUGAGUUCUGGUCAUGCGAUUGCAUUGUG